AUGGCCUCCUCCAGAGAUGGAUGUGACGGCGCUCAACUAUUCUCUCCACCCCUAUGGAUUCAGAGGAGGGCACUGGUUUCACAUAUAUUGAAGAAUAAUGGAGUGCAGUCGGUCCUAGAUCUUGGGUGUGGAGAAGGGGCGCUUCUCGAAAUCCUUCUCAAUGACCCUACAUUCAGUAAACUGGCUGGGGUUGACAUUGACGGGGAAUCCCUCCGUUACGCUUCUGUUAAUUGUGCGCCUACCGACUAUGACAGGCAGUACCUUAGAGAGCUUCCCGUAGAGUUCAAUUUAUACGAGGGCUCGGUUGAUCAAUUGGAUAAGAGUCUCACCGGGUUCGAUGCGAUUACGAGUGUAGAAGUAAUCGAGCACUUGGACCCACCUGUAUUGGCAGCCUUUCCCGCGGUUACGCUCGGGGGCUACAGGCCGCGGAUCAUGGUCGUAACUACGCCAAACGGCGACUUCAACGUUAACUUUCCGGAUCUGAAAUGGGGUACACCGGAAGCAGGCUUCCGUCACUAUGAUCAUCGGUUUGAGUGGACACGAGAUGAAUUUCAACGCUGGGCAAAUAGUGCCGCAACGAAAUUUGGUUAUACCGUUUCCUUUGAUGGAGUUGGUAUCCUAUCAUCCAAACCUGGCGACCUCUCCGUCGGUCACUGUUCGCAAGUGGCAAUUUUCAUUCGUCAACGUUGCGACUAUGACUCGCCGCUCAGUAGUCUCGAUGACUGUCCCGCCCUUUCGGAAAGUCCAUACAAGCAUUAUGCAAAAAUUGAAUUCCCUUACUUCACCGAAAGCGGAUUUAGUAGCGAGGCUAUCACCCAGGAACUGAAGGAGAAAACAUUUCCACUGAUAUGGAACGAGUGGUAUUCAAUGAUCGAAGAUGCAAAACGAGAUCAACUUGCUGCGAAGCUUUCUUGGCCUGCCGUGGGGACAUGGUGUCUUCCUUUCGAACGGUAUUGGAGCAUACUGCGAAUACGACAAUUAUGUAAGACGCGGGGUCGUCUUGAGGAGGUCUUUACGUCGUCGGCGGCCAAGGAGAGUUUUAUUUGGAAUGAUGAAGAAAGAAAAGUGGUGAUCCUCUUUGAGAUACCGAAGGAACAUGAAUCAGAGGAGGAUGGAACCGAGGACGCAGACUGGGGCUACGGGAGUCCUGCGUACGAUGACUGGGAUGAUGAUAGCGCCUGGAAGGACACUAAAUGGAAGGCUUCUCGGGAUAGCGACGGAGAGGGCUGGGGCACUGCACACAUCACUGCAGAGUGGGAUUGCCAAGCAGGUUGGGGUGAAGAGAUUGCUAUAUAUGGAAGUGCCGCAAAUCCUCCACCAAAGAAGGUGCGGUUGCUGGAGGAUCCUGGGGGGAACGACGGGAUCACUAUCUGA